GACGGCUAUAUAUAAGGACUGCGGGCGGUGGGGGCGCCAUUCACCACCAUGAAGCUUCUGACCGUGCUGUGCGCGUGCGCGCUGGUCGUCCACCUCGGCGUAGAGUGCGCGGCGUCCUUUGUGGACGAGAUGGUCGCCGGCCCAGCCUACCGGCACCGCCGCUUCCGAACCAUGGUGCAGCCGGACCGGAUCAAGCUGCAGAAGGCGCUAGGCAUCAAGUGGUGGCGCGGAAUGAUGUGGAGCGUUCCCGUCAGCUCGCCGUGGAAGGCGGCCUUCGACGGCACGAAGAGGAGCACCUUCUCUCAUACCUACACCAUCAUCUCGCCUGAGGGGAAAGGCUUCAACGGCACUGGACUGUGGGCCCAGAACACCGCCUGCGACCACAUACCCAUCUGGCAUGAUGGGGCGGCCGUCAAGUUCCAUAUGUUCGCGGAUGGAGGAAUCUACAAACAGGUUGUGCUUGGCAAUCCUCUGAACUACGAUGGUGCGAAGUUCGUCUUCGUCAUCCCCAAGCUCACCUUCUAUAUGGUCGAGUCUACCUCGGAUAAGAACUACGCCUUUAUUUCCUUCGCCAGUGUCCCGGGUUGGACGAUGGAGAGUCACAAGGACUUCUCGCUCAAGGAUAUGGAGGCCAAGUUCCCUGCCCACUCGGCAAUAUUCAAGGCCGUGGCCACGCCAGGCAAGAGUGGCAGCCACAUCCACAUUUGAUUACGUCCACCGCCAUCAUGACCACCAUGAUAAUCAUGAUGAUGAUGACCAUCACCAAGGUCACCACGGCUACCGCAGUCAUCGCCGUCAACAACUUUUCACAAUGCAACUGUACGCUGCAUACGAGCAUAUAUCCGGGCAUGAGAUGUGUAGUGUUCUCAAGCCGGCAGAACUGCAUGCGAGACGGUACACGUGGGCUUUCAACGGAAGACUGUACUUCAAAAUGGCCGGGUAGAGGUGGAACACUGGGUGUUGAGUACUGGUGGUCGCCGUGAACCACAGCAGACGCUGCGUCCGCCGGCCCUCAAACGUCUACAUAUCUACAGUAACAUAUUCACAUCAGACACCGGGGCAGAAAGCGGCGGCCUCCCUUCGAGGAAGCCGGAGAUGACGGUUCGGGCCGCUUCGGUCAGCGGGCGUCCGUGAGCCGUCGGAUGGCUGGGUGCAGGUGUCCCCUGGCGGCGUUACACCAGCGUCGUCUGGUGGCGCAUCUUUAGCGUCAUCUGGCGGUGCGUCUUCAGCGCCGUGUGGUGGCCCGUCACCUGCGUCAUCCGGUCGUGCGGUGUUGGCGUCGCCUUGCGGUGGUCCUGAUGCUACUGUUCGGGGACGUACUUCAUGUUUCACGUGCUGUGCGCUGUCAAUGGUAGAGCCAGCUUGGCCAGCGCCAGCUGAGUGUGUGGUGAGGCAGAAGGUGGCUUUCGGUACCGGUCCGGAAUAUCGGUUUAAGCAUGCUCGAGGUUCAUUAUCGUCCACACUGUUUUAAGACCGCAUUCAGUAAGGUGGCCGUCAUAAACUCUGGUGUAAUUCCUUAUCAGAUAUUUUGUAUGCGCUCGAAUAUCGUGCAUGCACAUGUUUUUGUGGAUAUUCACUAUUAAAUGUACCGCGUGGA